AUGGAACUUAAAUCAAGCGGUGGUUCCCUUCAAGGUCACGGUUUACAACGUCGUCGUGGUGCUAUUAAGCAUGCACGAGUGCAUGAAAUACGUGGACAUCAAUUUGUUGCAACAUUUUUUCGACAGCCAACCUUUUGUUCCCUUUGUUCCGAUUUUAUGUG